AUUCCUGCUGUUUGCAAAUGUAGAGAUCGUCAUGCUGCUAAAUGCCACUGUCACUUGAGAAAUACCACUUCAGUGUCGGAAAGUGCCAAAUCACCAAGCUGUUCAUGCUCAGAUGUUUUGUAAAUUCAGUGUAAUUAGAUAAACCACUCCUGCUUCUGUAUCUCUUGGAGGUACCAGACUUAUCAUGUCUGAGGAGAGCGACCUCCUGAUGCAUGUAUCUGACAUGGAAGCAGAAAACCUGUAGGAAGAUCUUUUCUUCCUCUAGUACAUUAUUUCAAAGCAGGACACAGGGCAAACUGAACAGUCAGGAGGACGUUAAUGAGAUUCUCUUGUAGUGAGGCUGUCCAGUGAUGGGAUUGUACGUAAGACUGUCUUGUGAAGCGAUAACCUACUACAGAGUCCGUGCUCACAGCAUGGCAGAUUUUUUCUGCAGGGAUGUCAGGCUGGAAAACAGAAGUCUAAAAAUAUCUGGAGGGGAAUUAAGUGGUUCAACAAGUAACGCUCUAAUGGAUGACAGAGAAUUUCCACCAAAUGAUCUACAAAUAGACUCCAAAGACAAUCUUCAAGAUGACUAUAGGGUGGAAAGUUUGGCUUCGUAUUUGGUUUCUUCACCUGAUGAAAAUGAAAAUCAACUUGACAAUGAUGGGAAUGAGGUUCUGACCAGUAGUAGAACUGCUAUGGGAAGACAGGAUAAAGGUGAGCAGGACAGCAUCAACAAUAAUGAGAAUAUGAACAGUGGAGGCUGUACCCCAAGCUGUAAGGAAAGUGAGACUGAAAGGACAUCUGUAAAAGCCCAUAUGGACCCCCAGCUGGAGGAAAAGCCUGUUAUAGAAAAGCAGCAAGGUGGAAAAAGAAGUCCAAGAAGCAAAAGAAGCUCCGGAAAAAAAUCUAAAGGAGUUCCUUCAGUGGGAACCACAGCAAUCAAGGAGGAAAAUACUCUUGUUACACAUACAGAUUCAGUGCAUGCUGAAGGUGCUGUUGAAGCAAGUGAAAAUUCUCACCAAAAAGAACAAAACCAAACGUUGCAGUCCCUUUUCUCUUUGCUCCGUGAAGAGGUUGAGCAGAUGGAUUCAAAGAUACUGCCCCUGUGUCUGCAUCAGAUAGCUGAGACCUAUUUUCAAGAGGAGGAAUAUGAGAAGGCAAUGAAGUUCAUUCAGCUUGAACGAUUGUAUCAUGAGCAGCUACUUGCUAAUCUUUCUUCCAUACAGGAACAGUGGGAAAGAAAAUGGAAAACAGCAGUUUCUAGUCCAGUUAGAACGCUGAGGAAUUCAGCUAAAGAACUGAGUAGUGAAGAGCUGGAAAAGCUUACUAAAGUUUGUUCUUCGCAUCAACAGCCACAGGCACCCAAAAAUAAGCCAGUAGCUGCAGAAAUUACAUGGGAAAGCGGUUGCUUGCUCCAGUUAAUGGGAUCAGAGGAUUCAAAGAAAAGAGAAGCUGCUGCUUUUAAAUCAGGUACUGAAACUUGUCCUGGCAUUGGACCAAAGAAAGAAGAUAAACAGCUGAGCUCUCGUCCUCCAGGUGAAAACAAAACUGAGAGACAGACCGAGACAGCAAGCCUUUCGGUAGCAGCAGGAAAGGACCACAUGGAGGAGCAGCACUGCAGUGCUGAAUCAACAUUGGAGCCACACACCCAGUCCACAGGGACAGUGGGCAGGCCUUCUUCGGGCUGUUUAUCAUCAGGGGAUGCCGGUAAAGAUAACAGUUUGCAGCUGAGAGAAAGGCAGCUCUCUAAGGAUGCAGAAAAAAUAAAAGAGACAGCUGGGGAGCCUGGAGUGAAAAUCUCUCCUGGGCCAAUGGUAGAUGCUGUGGUUUUAACAGAUGCUGAUUAUAUGCCUACUGAUUCGGUUUCUACUGAUAAAGAUGUACAAGCUGAUAAAAAUCUUCUCAGAUCAAAACAUGUUGCUAGCUCUUCAGAAAUUGCUAGUGGCCAGCUCGGAAAUAGUGAUUUAAACCAGCAACAGAAUCAGCCCGAUGAUGAUGACGAAAAAUCUCCCCAGGACAGAACUGCAUCGAACGUGUGCUCUGGAAGUCAUAAAGUGUCUGAGCAUGAGAGUACUGCCCUUUCACGAGUAUGCAAGGAAAUGCAGAGAGCAGCAGGACAGGAGGAGAAGGUAAAAAAUGAAGAACAAGAAGAUUUUCUUCUUAGACUUUUAAAUGGUAACAUAAUAGACGCUGAAGAAUCGUUUGCAAGCUUAGCAAACCAAGAGGAUUUUGACACUGUUCCAGAUAUUUCACCUGAACGAGCAUCUUACAACUCACUGGAAGCUUUAUCACUAGAUGACAGCUUUUCUUCUCUUGAUGAACUUGCAAGAAGGAUAGAGAUUGCAGAGAUUGCCCCAGCAGAAGGAUUGGUGUCAAUACUGAAGAAAAGAGAUGACAGGGAAGGAAAAGCAAUUGCUCAAGUCCAGCAAAGGCAAACAAAGAGAAGAGUCCGAUUCCAAGAAAUGGAUGACACUUUUGAUCAAGAUGAAGUAGCUGGUGGCUCCUGUAUUUUGCUCAUCCUGCUGUGCAUAGCAACUGUUUUCCUUAGCAUUGGAGGAACUGCACUGUACUGCAGCUUCGGUGACAUGGAAUCCCCGGUGUGUACAGAUUUUGCAGCCAACAUGGAUUUCUAUUAUACCCAGAUAUUGCAGCAUGUGGAAGAACUGAAACGCUGGAUAGCCUUCUCCUAGUUGAAAUGAGCAGAGACGGCACAUUGAGAGCUUACCACUGAUCAUUGGUAGAAAAAAAACUGUGAUUUCAAGUUCUUGGUAACACUUGCCACCUGCAGGUGUAUGUGAUGAUGUACUUACACUUUUACUUAGAAAUUGAGAAAAAUCCUAGUUUAGCAUUCAGGUGGCAAAAUGUUCACAUCUUAAGCUGUAGCAGCGUGGUAUGGGAGAACAAAAAGUCAUUCUCUUCACCCUUUUAAGAUUACACAAGCAGCUUUUCAAUAACUUGAGCAAGUGAAGAAGAAAGAAGAAAAUUGACUGUCUUCUAUAUACUCUCUCAUUGCCACACCUUGUGUAAGCAAUCUCUGGAAGCCUAGUUAAAGGACAGCUUUGAUUUACAGCUGUUUGUGCAAAGCUGUUGCCUCCAGCUAUCAUGCAAUAAGUCUGUGUUUUACGAAAACAUUAUUUUUCUUCUACGUCUUACUAUUUUUCUCCAUUUUAAUUCUCCUGGUGAGCCACGUAAUAAUUUGGGUGGAGUGAGAAGAGUGCAGCAGCAUUCACAGAGCCCUCAUUUGGUGAAAACAGGCUGACCCUGUAUAUUAUAGCUUAUGGUGAAUAUCAUGAGUGGGAUAAAUCUGCUGGCAGAUUUCACAAAACUUCCUGCAACUUUACUCCCGGUAUUGUGUGGGCUGUUUUAGAAGUAGAAGGAUAAAAAAGAAAUCAUCGGUCUCACUAAACACGGAAACAGGAGCAAGAUGUUCAGUAAAUUAUUCAUGUUACUGUAGAGUGGCUUUGGCCAGUUUUAAAGGACCUGGUAGUAGGUGUUGGGCUAACUGGGUUUUCUGUCCAGCUAUGUCACUGACUUACGGUAAUCACUUUGUGCCUCAGUUUUUCCUCCGUAAAUGGGGAAUAAUGAUCCUUGCCUUUGUCUGUGAAUAUUUAUUGCAAUUAGGGCUCGUGUCUGAUUCUCCUGCAGCCCGGCGGAGCACACAGGAUCACUGAACUGUGUGGCUGCAGCCUCUCUCACUGAGUGAGCACUUAUGUACAGUGCGACUGAUCCAACAGAAGAAAUUCAGAGGCUAGCUUGAGAUCCGCAGUAUGUUGGUAGUCCAGGGCACUCAUUCCAGCAGAGAAAGCACAUUUGCAUCUAUUUGCCCUCCAGAUCUGAGACUCAUAUUGUAAAAUCUGCUCUCGUUUUCUACCAGCUUUAAAUCAGUACAAGAGUCGUUUUAAAUGGAUAUUUCUGUCACCUGGUGCUCAGCCCUUUCUGUGUGGUAUGUGAGAGAAACACUGACGUGACGGCAAAGGUCAGAAUUAGUGACACAGGCCUUUGGCCCACGCUAUGGUCAAAAUGUGGCAGCUGUUCUCGUGCAGAGCAUGAUGCUGAUGGUGGUGUGUGAAAUGAGUCCUUCACACCUCAGAAAACAGCAGUUUUGAGGGGUCUGCUUCACUCCGCUCCGCUCCCAUCUCCAGCUUAUUAAUGUUGUUUGAUGCAGUUCCUUCAGGUUUAGGAUAUUAUUUUGUAAACUACUACAAAGUGAAAUCUUCAAGAUAUCGCUCAGAGUUAUAACAUCAACCAAUCAUGCUUUCUGCCAUUUGCAAGCCGAUGUCCCUCUAGUGAGCUUGAUUGUUCCUAACGCACUGUUAUACUUAACGGGUUUUUAAAGUGAAAGUUAAAAUCAUGUUUUUUCUAGAAUAAACUGCAUGUAUGAUUUCUUUUUUGGUUUUCACUGCUGAGGCUUGAUUUAUCUAUACCUUAGGAAGCCUCAUGUGCAGCUCUAUAUUAAAGUAGCAAAUUUAAAAUACCCAAAUUAAGGAAAACUUUUGCUUUCACAAUGAAACUUACGAAUGGUAGUUUGGCAUAUUUUUUGUUGGUUAUUCUCAGAGCAUUAUAAAGCUGGACUAAUGUUAGGGAGAAGGGGAGAGAUGCUUUUGUAUUUUAAAGUGUUACUGGCUGGUUCAGUGUAUUAUUUUAAUUUCCGGUUUAUGUAUUUAUUUAGUUUUUAUUUUAAAGAAAAACUUAAUUUUCUUCUUUUUUUGGUAAUUUACUCAGAGUAAUUAAGCAUGCAUUUGGUUAAAAUAUGUAUUUAGAGUGAUUGUGUAGUUAAAAUAUAUUUUGCAUUUCUGUAACUUUGCAUUGAGUGUUUCAGGAUAUUAAGUUUGUUCCUAAAAGACUACUGUUGAUUUCAGCUUAAAAAUCUGUUUAAGUUUUUGUGCACUUCAUCACCAAAAAGAUCAAGAGGUAUAUAUAGAACUAUUUAUUCAAAAAUAUAUGAGAUAUGAAGAUCGAAGAUCUUCUACGUUUGUUUAAUUAGAACUAUUUUAAAAUAAUUAUUUUAUUUAAAACUGUAAAUCUAUUUAAAGUCAAAGCGAUUUUUAAUAAGCGGUUCAAUUUAAAAUCCAUGGUCCAAAUCCUGGUACGGCAGCUUCGUGUUAUAUUCCCAGUGCAAAGAUUCGCUAACAUCAGCAGAACUGCCUACAAGAAGACCAUGAAAGGGUAGCACGCCACUUUACAACAUGCAUCUGAGAAAAAAUGAGUUCCCAGAUGUUCUGUGUAGCUCAGCUACCUUACACUGGUGCUGUAACGUGGAGCAUCUCUCCAGCCUUCCUGGCCUAUGCCAAGGUACUGCUCCUGCAAGGUGUCUCAGGAUUUGGGGGAGCAGAAGGAGCACAUUCGCACAGGCUGCCCAGCUCCUCAUCUGAGCUCUUCACUCCUCAGUUGCAGUUGAGGACUUGAGUCUGGAUCUAAUUUCCGUCGGCAUUCCUUUAUAAGAAGCGGAUAGUACUAACUCUUGCUUCGCCUGACAAUUCUGCUGGUACACGCAGUUUGGCUGGUCUGUACUACGUUAUCAGACUUGCAGCUACCAACGUAAAAGAUGUGCUUUGUUUGAACACCAAGGAGUGUGCGAGUUGGCUUCGUGUUGGCAUUCCCAUGUGUUCUGUUCCUUCUUGAUUGCUAGUGACAUUGCUUCCACCUGGGUGGCCCGAGGGGUGAGGAUCUUAGGGAAAUCCGAGCUGAAAGUCGAUUUGAACGGUUAUCCUCAUCUGAGGAUUUUGUGGUAAAAUAGUGCUGAACAGCAGCUAGGAGUGAAAUAGGAAGCAAGGAGAGGGGAAAGGCUUUUUCUGCCCUUUGUGCAUCUGUAAAGCCUUCUGUGUGUAAGUUUUCAUUUACUCUCUUGCCUUCCCUGCCACUGUCUGUAUGGUUGUUCUGCUUGGCAGCAGAGGAAACAUUGUGCCAGUGUAAAAACGUUUGUAGCCAGUAGGAAAAUUCAGGGAAUGGUUCGGUACUUGGCAGUAGUUAAAACUAAUUCCUUGAAGGAUGACUGGGAUGUCAGGGUGGUAGUUCACCUUCAAAGGUGGAAGUUGUGGGCACUUAAUCACCUGCCGCACUCUACCAGAAACCCCGCCUUCCAGUUUAUUCAGUGAGUGUCAUUAUUUUUAGAAAGGUUCUUGUGAUAGAGCAAAACCAAGAAGAUGCUUUGUGUCCAUUCAGCAUAAGCUGCCAAAAAGAGCUUUCUGAUGACAUAAUGAGCACCCUCACCCCAAAUAACAUGAAGGACACCAAGAAAAGCACUAUGCUGCAGCAUAGCCACGCUGUACCACAGGCUCGUUUUCAAGCAGUGUCAGUAAGGAAGCGUUUUCACAGCCGAGAUGUGCCAGGAGAAGCUUGUAAUCUAGACACAGCCCGUGUUUUAAGAUUUGUCCAGUAUCUUUGCUCUCAUGCUUGGAAAAUGCAUAGCACUGGUCUCACACAGCGGGAAGUAGCCUAACCAAAGGGAAGACUCUUGUUAGAGUUCUCUGGGAGGAAAGGGCAAGCUUGAAAUAUCAAAUGAGCAGAGUAGAUUGGAAGUCCAAGUUCUUGUGUGAUUGGGCAUUAUUCCACUCAAUAACCAAAGGGGAUGCUACCCUCCCAGGAAAAUAUCUUUGCCUACUUUGUACCAUAAUGUAAAACCAAGACCAUCUGAAAGGACUAAUAACCAUUUGUAACAAAUUUAACUUUAGCUACUUUUAGCAAAAGGAGUAAAUAAUUGUUUGAAACCAUCACCCAAGCUUGUAAUUUAAAUACUGUAGCAAAAAAAAAUAAAAAUAAAAAAUGUCCCAAAGAAAAUAUAUGAACCUUUUUGGGUACUGUUAUUUUUAAAUAUAUGAAAACACUGAGAUGAUGUUCUGUGAAAUUCAAGUAGUAUCACCAAGGAGAAUUUUAUGAUCAAACCCAAACCAGAAGGGUAAAUGAGGAUAAAAUGCAUAAGGUUUGGUUUGGUUUUUGGCGAAAUGUAGGUUUCAUGGGUUUGUUGGUUGGUUGGUCUUUGUUUUAAUAGCUAAAUGAAACCCAGCCUCUUCACAGAGCAUGGUUUCUCUAGACAGCUUUUUAAAGUACUGAAUUGUUACCUUACUUCUUUGCUCCAAAAGAAGGUAUUGGAUGGUAAGUUUCAGAAAUCCUAGGGUGGGUGACUUGCUAAGAGAUCACAGGCCAGUCCGCUCUUUGAGUUCAAUUGAACAAAACCAAAUCAACUCCGCCCAGCCCAACCCAGCUGCCUCCAAUUUGAACAGGAGCGUGCCAACACUGCGUUUAGCAGCAUCCCCCUUCCUUGGCUCUUCCCCCAUGAGCCACUAAAUGAGGCCACCCAGGAUCUUAGACUGGCUGAAAAACUAGUGAAAUCCUACGAGGAAAUGAGUUGGUUUUGUUAAUCUUGUUCUGUUUUUGUCAUCUUUCUGUUUUAUAUUUUGUAACUGUUCUUCACAGCCAGAAAAGAGGAAAAGUAUAAUAAUGUAAAUGGAGAAGAAAAAAAAAAAGAGAGAGAUUUGUGUAUAAUUUCAUUGGAACUUGAGAUAACAUCUCAUAUAGCUACCUAAGGAAGCUUAAAGUAUAUCAUGUCUCUAAAGAGACAUUUAACUCGAACUCUAAAGAUCUAAUGAUCUUUAGGCAUUGCUUCUUUGAAGCUCUUUUUAUUAUUUGUGGGUUUUAUUAUUUUGGAUUAAAUGGCAUGGUAAUUCUUCUCUGGCUUAAUAAGAGCCUAGGGUUCAUUGUAUCCAACAUUGUACAAGAAUUGUGUUCAUCUCAUGAAGGAAGUGAUGAUGGGUAGUAGAUGCCUGCUUUGUUUUAAAGAGUAGCUCUGUGAUGGCUAAGCUGUUACAGAAUCGAUAUGGAAUUUCACCCAAAGGUCUGAUUCUGCCCUUAGGCAUCUUGAGCUUGCUGUUAAUGACAAACAGGCUAAAAUUAAAAAUAAACAUGAAAAAUAAACAGGCACUGCUGAAGCACACCCACAGUUUCAAAGGCACGGCUAAUAUCAGACCUCAGUCCUCUAUUAAUCUAAAAUUGUUGAGCUGCACUUUCUUGAAAACAAGCUUGAAUCCAGCUUCACAUGACAGUAGGUCAGUCAGCUCUCCCCUUUUUCUUUCAGCCAAGAAACUGUCUGGCAGUAUCAUCUUUGAGCCAAAAUAGGCCCCGAUGUAGGACUCAUUUGCUAGGCUGUUGGGGAAGUUUUCCAGUAACGCUUUUGUCAAGUUACAGUUAAUGGUUGUGUCCAAUUUCAUCGCACAGCAUUGAAACUGAACUUAAGCCCCACAGUUGUGCUUUCAUAGACUAAUCAUCUUUAAAGCCAUUAUCAAAAACAACUUUCAGAGUGAGAACUAUAGAUUUGUUUUUUUCUUCAGAAAGUGCCAUGUGCCUAGUACUGCAAUGAGAAAAUGUCACUUUUUCGCAGUUUUGCCGCAACACUGCAGGAUUUCACAAUUGCUGUUGGUAAUCCGUGGAAGCAGAGGCAAUGCAGCAUUUCCUACAGCGCAUCCCUGCAGCUGGUCGGUGCUCGUUCAGCUGUCCUCAGCGUGGCUUUCAUGAGAAAGUCUUUGUUACAUCGCAAGUGGCGGUGAAAGCGGGUCUGUGCUAGAAGUCGAGCAACGUGAGCUCUGUGAGGCUACAGGAUUAGCAGGGGUAUUUUGAUAUGACUUUUCUGUGCUAGCUGAAUUCAGUGCACUGUAGAAAGGGCAGAGAAAAGAGAGCAAAAGGUUUGAAUCAUUAAAGAUCCGUGAAUUUCAGUAAGACAAAAUGUCAGCAUCUACCAUCGUAGAAGUUAGCAAAGUUGCUCCAAACUGUCCCACUGCAAGUAGUAGGUAAAUGUAGAUUUGAAAAAGGUAGAAAGAAAAGAAAAAAG